CUGCGCUUCGCCGCCUGCGCUUCGCCGCCUGCGCUUCGCCGUCUGUACUUCAGUCACUCAACUGGACUGCACUUCUCACCCCAGCAUUGUGGUGAGGUCUAUACAAUUCAAACAGACUCUCUCUCUCUCUCUCUCAUUGUAUUUUACUAAUACUAUAUUUAGUAAAAUCAUUUGUUUCACCUCAGAUCAGUGCUGUUGUUUUCAAGUAUUUUGGGGUCCCCUGCUUCCCCUUUCCCAGAGGCGCGGAUCCGCAGAUCCCUCCGCCCUGCUGGUCACGGAACUGGGCCGGACCAGCCCAUAAACCGUUGACAUUUUUGGUGGAGAAUGCGGGCAACAGUUGCUUUCUAGCUGUUUAGACUCUCUGCUCUCGGAGAGUUCCGUUGGUAAAGCUUAUCUGUUUCACCGCUACUCUCUGAAAACGUGACCUUGAAAACUCCAGGCGGACUGCCAGUAUCGUAGAAUAUUUGUAAACUCUAAGCUUUACUAUCUUGCCUCUGUAAAAAAAAAAAAAAAAAAAAAAAAAAAAAAAAAUGCUUUCUGUAGUGAAACUUACUCUUAAAGGGCUGCACGCUGCUGCCUCUUCUUUCCUAAUGCUCAAAACAUACUGGGCAUUAAUUAAGCUUGCCACCUUGCUCUAUGGAGCAAUCGGCUUAUACAAUCAAAUGAAAACAUGGGUGGAAAUAUGGACCUGGCACGUUCGUACAAUGUGGCUUACAAUUCCGGAGACAGCUGCCAAUUUCACAGGACUGGGAUUUUUUAAGGUUUCCAGUCUCACCUUUCAGCCUGUAGUGCAGUUUUUGAAUGAACACCUAGUCGCAUUACUAAUCUCCCUGAAUGUAUUGCUCAUCAUUUCGCUCAGUAUUAGUAUUUAUUAUAUUUUGAGGAUGUCCUCCCCAAAACCAGAGAAUACUGAGUGGCAGGGAGUGUGGAAAGGUCUGGGAAAGACUUUAGACAAAUGGAAAUCUUCAGUCUCAUGGAACUUUACUCCAGAACACCUGAAAGACCCUGAGAGUCUAAACAGCUAUUUAAGGCAGGAAUGUUGCGGCUUAGGCAGUUCUGAGGAGGCACAUAUGAUUUGGGGCCUGGCUAAUGCUUAUCGGGCCUUAUUCAAUACUAUCCUGGAGAGAGAGAGAGCUUCUGAAAUUGAAAGGGAGAGUCUCAGGGAAACAGUUCAAAAUGAGCGAGAGAGUCUCCUGCUCCAGAGAAAAAACCUCCAAUCUGAGAGAGAUGCCCUCCGAAUUGAAAGAGACUCCCUCCAAUCUGAGCUAGAUACUGUCAUAAUCGAACAAAACAAGCUCCAAGCUGAACUGGAAGAUGAGAGCAUUGGAACCGACCAACCUGAUCAACCACAAGAGGCACCACAAUCGAUGUCAGUUGCCCCUGUAAGAGGACGGAAAACAAAGCGAAUCUCGACUCAGUUAGAAGAGAAGAAAGAGGAGGAAAGAGGUCCAGAGGAGUGGCUCCGAGGCCCAAGAGAAGCACCUCUGAGUCCAGGGGAGGGGCCCUCAGCAAGACCACGGUCACCAACACCUACAAGGGCAAGAAGUCCUGGAAGAGCAAGAGGUGAGCAAGAUAUUGUUACCUUUGUGGAUCGAUCUCUGAAAAUGAAUGAAAUUCGAAGUCUGAGGAAAGACUUCUCACGCCACCCAAAUGAGCCUAUUGCUACUUGGUUACUUCGAUGCUGGGACAAUGGGGCCAACAGUGUGUGGCUAGAUAGUAGAGAAGCUCGCCAACUGGGUGGCAUUGCUAGGGACUCAGCCAUUGACAGAGGUAUUAGUACAUGCCAGAACCAGGCCUUCACCCUCUGGAAGAGGAUGUUGUUAGCUGUAAGAGAAAGAUACCCCUUCAAAGACGAUCUGAUGCCCGAGAAGAAGAAAUGGGCUGAUUUGGAAGAAGGCAUCCGUUAUUUGAGAGAAUGUGCUGUGGUGGAAACACUACAUAGCCCCGAUUUCAUUCCUGAUGAGCCAGACCAAGAGCAUGACCCUGAGAGAGCCAGGUGUACACCAAAUAUGUGGCGUACAUUCACAAAGACUGCACCUGAAAGGUACGCCAGUACAUUUGCAGCUAUGUAUGGCAGAGGGGAAAGAAGACCCCUUAUAAAUGAGCUGGUUAAUAAGCUUCAAGACUUCGAGUUACAUUUAAGCCCCCUACGAGCUUGUGUUUCAGCCAUUGAAAAAGUAGCUGAAAAGCUGGACAGAAUGGAGAACAAACAAGAAGAUAUAAUAGAUAAACUAUCAAUUAUGCCUGAUGCCGAUGAAUACAUGGUGGUAACAGAUACAUCCAAUGAGGAACAGGAUUCCCAAAACAGCCUACUUGAGGGGCUAGCCAACUUGAUUUCCUCCCAGUCAGUGUCAUCCAACGUCUCAGCUAUCAAAAGAAGACGUCCUCCUGCUCGAACAAGUGAAAACAGUAAGACCACGUCACGUUUCGCCUUGUGGCAUUACCUACGCGACCAUGGAGAGGAUAUGAAGAAGUGGCAUAAGCAACCUACUCCUGCACUUCAAGCAAGGGUAAAAGAGUUACGAGACAAAUCAACCACCAAGGUGAACUUCUCCAGAAAGGUGAUUGCUCCAGUUGCUGCAGACAACAGAGGUAACAAAUAG